AAUUUGUCACACUUAAGCGCUCCUAAUAUGACGUUUCCUAAGAAACUGUCUUUGGUUUAACCUGAAAACAGUGACUUGACUUUCUACGAUCGACAAGCAGUAUUGUACCGUCCUCAGUUCUGCUAUUAGAUGUGAUUUAAUGGUUUAGGUACAUUGUAUUGUUGGAUUUCACAGUUUUUAAUUUUAUUUUGUAUUGGGAAUGCUUCUUGCUGUCGCUUGCAUGAAGUUGCCAUGUUUCAGGGAGUUGGCAGUGACAAUGGCGUGAAAUUUGUUUUGUUGCAAUAUAGUAAUGAGUUGAGGAAAUCAAUGCAGGCUAAUUUAAUCUCUGUAGCGAAUCCAUGAUGUGAUUGCUUAACCAAAAUUUUUCUUCCUUUGAAAUAACCCAUAAACAAUUCUCUAAAAUGGAUCGGUUCUGGGAUUUGCAUCUCUUGUACUCCUCCUGAUAACCCAUGUGCAGGUGCCUUUCAAUUCAAGAACUGGUUUUGACACUAAAAAAAUGCUUUUUUGUUAGUUUCUUGGUUAUGCUUGCAUUGAUCCUUCCUUUUGGCUCCUCAUCUCAUAAGUGCUUUCAUGUUUUAAAUCAAUGCUGUGCCUAUUACUUAUGUUAGUUUCUUGAAGAAAAAAGGUUCAGUAGCAUCAAAACUCACAUUUGACAUUUCCAUGGCUACGAUCUUCAGUUUUCGUUGUCUCUGUUUCACCAUCGCACUGCUAUCUGCUUUCUCAUUUGUCUCAUUCCUCUUUUGGUUUCAAUGCUCUAGUUCAUAUCGCUACAGUAACCAAAUGACAUCGCAGAAGGAAAGCCAACCCAUUAAUCUCCUUUCUUUCCCUUCGGCAUGGAAUCAUCUUUCAUUUCCAUCAAAACUACCUUCAAAAUAUCUUAAGAUCGCACUCUUUGUCAAGAAAUGGCCCCAUAGAUCUCUUGCAGGUGGACUUGAGCGGCAUGCCCUGACCCUUCAUCUUGCUCUUGCCAAAAGAGGGCAUGAGCUUCACAUUUUCACCACUUCUCCUUCCAACUCCUCCUUCCCUAGGUAUCCGAUGAGCAACUUAUAUUUCCACCUCUCAAAACCAACAGCUGCUGGUUAUCUGGACCAAGCUAUUGUCUGGAAGCAAUUUCAAACUCAAAACUCAACUGGGAAAGCCUUUGACAUAGUCCACACUGAAAGUGUUGGGCUGUUGCAUACUCGGUCACGGAACCUCACCAACUUAGCGGUUACUUGGCAUGGGAUUGCAUAUGAAACCAUUCAUACUGACAUCAUUCAAGAACUUCUUCGGAAUCCUGAUGAACAACAAGCAUAUGCGUUGACUGAAAGAAUUACCAAGGUUGUUGAGGAGGUCAGGUUUUUUCCACACUAUGCCCACCAUGUCGCUACUAGUGAUCAUGCUGGAGAUAUACUGAGAAGGAUUUAUAUGAUCCCAGAAGAACGAGUUCAUGUUAUUCUCAAUGGUGUGGAUGAAGAGAUUUUCAAGCCAGAUCCUGCUAAAGGUGAGGCAUUUAAGCAGAAAUUUGGGGUUGCAAAGAGUAGAUCUUUGGUUUUAGGCAUGGCAGGGAGGUUAGUGAAGGAUAAAGGACACCCCUUAAUGUUUGAAGCUCUGAAGCAGAUGCUUGUGGAAAAUGGUACGUUUCGUGAGAACACCAUUGUUCUGAUUGCUGGAGAUGGUCCUUGGGGUGAUAGAUACAGAGAUCUUGGGACCAAUACACUAGUUUUGGGACCAUUGGAACAAGCUCAGCUGGCGAGCUUCUAUAAUGCAAUAGAUAUUUUUGUAAACCCAACUCUUCGAGCACAGGGAUUGGAUCAUACUUUAUUAGAAGCAAUGCUUUCUGGUAAGUCAGUGAUGUCCACAAGGGUAGCCAGCAUUACUGGAUCUGUGAUUGUUAGCACAGAAAUAGGUUAUACCUUUUCACCUGUGGUAGUUUCAUUGAAAAAUGCACUUUAUAGGGUCUGGGAAGAUGGCAGAAGAGUUCUGGAGAUGAAAGGCCAAGCUUCUAGGCAGAGAGGGUUGCAAUUGUUCACUGCCACGAAAAUGGCGGCUGCAUAUGAAAGGCUAUUCCUUUGCAUAUCAAACGAAAAUAGCAAAGGAGAGGAUUAUUGUCAAUACCAAUCUCCAUUCAAUUAAAGCAUCAUUUCAAAUUCAGU